AUGUCUUCUUUCGCAGACAAGCUAGAUCUGUUCGUCAACUCCACAUUUGUCGGUUUCGCACUGACUUUAUCCAAAGAUGUGGGGAUCCUGCAAGUUCUGCUGGACGCUCGGACAUCGCUGACAUCUGACCAGAUCGCUGACCGAGCAGGUUUGAAAGAGAGAUACGUGCGUGAACUCCUGGGCAGCCUGGCUACAGCUGAGGUCAUCCAUGUGUCCACGAGUGAGUCCGGCUGUCUGCUCUAUUAUCUUGAGGAGGAUGAGAAGAAACUUUUCUCUGGUCCCCUUAAAACUCGAAUUUCUUUUCCAGUGGCGAUGAUAAAAGUAUACGACGACCUGAAGUCUUGUGUCAGCAAAAAUGGGCCGCAGGGUUACAGAAUGUCACCAGAGUUCCACGAUGUCGUUGAAGAAUAUGGCCCUACCCAGUUUGAUGUGUAUGUGGCAGCUGUCAUGGAGUCUGUGGAUGGACUAAAGGCACAACUUGAUAUCGGAAUUGACGUCAUGGAAGUGGGCUGUGGAAGAGGUCGCAUGUUGGCCAAGUUAGCCCAGAUGUUUCCAAAGAGUUCCUUUACGGCCUCGGACAAUGUCCAGUCUCUCCAGAACUGGCAGAAGACCAACCUGAGCCACAUCCCCAACGUUGAAUACGACAUGCUUGAUCUGUGCUGCCCCAGUGAUCUCCCCAGCAAGCAGUACGAUUGGGUUUACUGCGUCAAUGUUAUCCAUGAUGUCCCAGAUCCUCUAGAAGCGCUGAAGACCGUCAGAAAACUGACCAAACCCGGGGGAGUUUUCACAAUGAUUGACCUUGCCACAUCGGGCAGCCCUGUCGGGGAUAGAGGAAACCUGUUUGUGGCGUUUAUUUACACAAUCAGCGCCUUUAUGUCCGUCCCUGAGAGUUUCCAGAGAGAAGACAGUCAGGCCAUGGGUGCUUGCUGGGGAAAACAGAAAGCGGUAGAUCUUGCCACAGCGGCGGGGUUUACAGUCAGCGUUGUUUAUCUUAAAUAUCCCAUUGCCCUUUUUGUUUGUAAAUAA